AGGCGUGGGAAAAAUAUCAAAACAGUCGCUACCAAUGCAUCCAGUUGAGAACAUGUGGAGCUCUCUUAAAAUACUUAUAAUCCUUGUGUUGAUGAAGAGCUGCUGCGCAGCACCGGCAGCACCUGAAGCACCGGCAGCUGCUGUUGAACUUGAUCCCGAGCUGACGGCUGGCUAUACCGAGGGCGAUAUGAUUCUGAACGAGGACAGAAACGGAUUGAUCCAAAAAACGUAUCGCUGGCCCAAUCGCAUUGUUUACUAUUUUAUAAAUAGCUACAUUGACCAGGAACAUCGUAAUUACAUUCUUCGCGGCAUUCGCAUUAUCGAGGCGAAUUCAUGCAUCAUCUUCAAGGAAGCCGCCAGCGAUCAGCCUUACUAUGUUAAUGUCACCUCGGAGCCAGGCGGUUGCUUCUCCUACGUGGGUUACCGAAACCGCGUACAGCAGUUGAAUUUACAGAAUUAUGCGCUGGACACUGGAUGCUUCCGUCUAGGCAGCAUUGUGCAUGAGUUUUUGCACGCCUUGGGCUUCUACCAUCAGCAAAGCACAUGGAAUCGUGAUGAAUACGUUCACAUCAACAAGGAGAACGUCCAAGAGGGUAAAGAGAGAAACUUCAACAAGUAUGACAAAGAGACAGUGGACGAUUUUGACGAGGAGUACGACUACGGCAGCGUCAUGCACUACACCUCCACGGCAUUCUCGAAGAAUGGCAAACAGACCAUUGUGCCGCUGGUCGAGGGCGCCGAGCUAAUAAUGGGGCAGCGACUUCAAAUGAGCGAGGCCGAUAUUAACAAGUUAAAUAAUAUGUACAACUGCCCGAGAAAAGCUUGUCCAAGAAAAUUGUGAGUCGUUGUACAAUUAAAAAUUCUUACCUCUG